AUGUGUCGUUUCCAAAUAGUUGAAAUUACAGAAACUAUUUAUCAGUUGAUUGUCACAUUACUUUAUUGUAUAUCAAUUGGUGUAACAUUUAAUCAAAUAGAUUAUUUACAAUAUUUUAUUGGACCAAUUACAAUAUUUACAUCAGCUAAUUUUGGAGCUUAUAUAUUUGGUAGUAUGGUUGCAAUCACUGAAUUACUUUGUAAACAUCCAGAUAUCAAUACUACUAAUAACACUACUACUACUAAUAAUAAUAAUAACACUACUAAUACUCCUAUGAAUACAAAUUCGAACCCUAAUCCAUCUCAACCUGUUAAUCAAUUGAAUCAAAGUAAAUAA